GGCGGGAUUGUGAUGAAGGGGGAUUGGAGAAGCCAGAGCCCAGCAGUCCCGGGCUUCAGCCUCCCUCCCUCCCCUUCCCUUCGCCUCCCAAGCCUGGGCUUUCAUUGUUCCCGGCUGAGGUCACUCCCAGUUGUCCCUCCACAAUGUGGGACUAGUAGCAGCCACAAAGGAGAACAGAGAGAGAGAGAGAGACACCCAGAAGAUUUGUCGACUUCAACACCUUCUAGAGCCAGGGGGUUGGUUUCCUUAGGAGCAGAUCCAUGCAUUCGUACACCAUGGCAUCACCAGACAGGAUGAGCAGCUCAGAUAAUGGAUUAGAGGAGACAGAACUCAGCAUCACCCUCACCCUCCGAAUGCUUAUGCAUGGCAAGGAAGUUGGCAGCAUCAUUGGCAAGAAAGGAGAGACUGUGAAGAGGAUACGGGAACAGAGUACAGCCCGGAUCACCAUUUCGGAGGGAUCUUGCCCAGAGCGGAUCACUACUAUUACAGGAUCUACUGAUGCUGUUUUCAGAGCUGUUUCUAUGAUUGCUUUCAAGCUAGAAGAGGACUUGGGAACUGGAGCGAUCAAUGGUGGAACUGUCUCCAAACCACCUGUCACAUUGAGGCUAGUCAUCCCAGCUAGUCAGUGUGGCUCACUCAUUGGUAAAGCGGGAGCUAAAAUAAAGGAGAUCCGAGAGACUACAGGAGCGCAAGUACAAGUAGCUGGAGAUCUUCUCCCCAACUCUACGGAGAGGGCUGUGACUGUAUCUGGCGUUCCAGAUGCCAUCAUCCAGUGUGUGCGACAGAUUUGUGCUGUUAUCCUGGAGUCACCACCAAAAGGCGCCACGAUUCCUUAUCAUCCCAGCCUAUCCUUGGGACCAGUUCUCCUCUCAGCCAAUCAGGGAUUUUCUAUACAAGGACAAUACAGUGGCAUAUCUCAAGCAGAGGUGACAAAGUUGCAGCAGCUUUCAGGACACCCUGUCCAAUUCCCUUCCUUGGGACAAACUCCAUCAAUAGUAGCAGGCCUGGAUGCAAACUCUCAGAAUAGCUCCCAGGAAUUCCUAGUACCCAAUGAUCUCAUUGGCUGCAUCAUCGGUCGCCAGGGCAGCAAGAUAAGUGAGAUCCGACAGAUGUCAGGAGCACACAUCAAGAUUGGGAACCAGACUGAGGGUUCCUCUGAACGCCACGUGACCAUCACAGGCACCCCAGUUAGCAUCACUUUGGCUCAGUACCUCAUCACAGCCUGUUUAGAGACGGCCAAAUCUACCUCCCAGACGCCCCCCGUUGACCUCGGCAUGACUUUCUCCCAGCCCCUCACCCCUUCGCCAGCCCCAACGCUGACAGCAGUGGCCGCACCUCCCCCAACCUUGCUUGGUGCCCCCUAUGCCAUCUCCCUAUCCAACUUCAUCGGCUUGAAACCCGUCCCCUUCUUGACGCUGCCCCCUUCCUCAGCCACGGGGCACAAUGGCAGCCUUGCCACCUACACGACCAAGAUCUCCACAGCCAAUGCCAGCAAGAAGGCUGAGAGACAGAAGUUCUCCCCAUACUGAAACAGGAAGGUGGGCUGUGGGCCAGGGAGGGGGAAACCUUUGGGAACCCUCACAUGCUUUGUUAGAGGGCAUCAGCAUCAGGCCAUCCCAAAGCAGGUCUCCUUGGAGAAAGAGUAAGGUGUGUGCAAAGGAAAAGCCAGUUGUACAGGAAAGUGAGGGGAUGAGAGAGUUAACCUGGACAGUUGAUGAGAGCAACACUCACUAAGACUCAGCCAGAGAAAUAGUUGUUCUGCAUGGGUUCUACUUGCUUCUGGCUGAGAUCUCUACAGUGAGUAAGACCAUCUGAGUCUCAUGGUAUUACCUCUAUUAUACAAUGUCUGCUCUCUGCUCAAGAGUGCUAUUUUUCCUUUACCUUCCCCAAACCUGUCAGAUCUCCUUCAGAAAAGAGCUGAUAUCACAACAUAUUUUUUUUAAGGAAGACUUGUUACUUUAGAAAAUUUGACAACAUCCCUUCCCACACAAUUCUUUGCAUUACAUUGAAGGAGCUGGACAUCAUGAGAAAAGUCUUUUCUUGAUCAUGGCAGCAGGUGGUACUUGCUACAUCUCUGGUGAUGAUAGUUGAAAAUAUGCUGCUGUGUCUCGCGGACUGCAUUUUUCAAGAGUAGAAUGAAAAAGGUUUCUGGUUUGUAUAGAACCAGAAAAUAGAUGGGACCUAGAUACAAGGGAAUAUACCAAGAAGGGAAGACUUUGGUGCUCUGUCCCUAGCGCUUCAGUCCAGUCAUGUGUCAUUACCGCAAAAUAAAGAAAUGAAAAAAAAUUCUUUCACAACUUUCAGCCUGGUCCUCAACAUGGCAAUCUUCUAAAACCUGAUGUUGUCCUCCAGCUGCAGCAGAAUGUAAUUCCCAUCAUCUCCAUCCUGCUUCCUAGAGACUGUAGGAGCUAUAGUUCAACACAGUUGGGGGGAAGUGCCAGCUUGGGAAAAGAUUGUAGAAUUGUGCCUCUUACUAAAGGAAAAAGAGUGUUGAAUGGUAUAAACUUUCUCUAAAUGUUCUGUCUAGUUGACAGGGCCUUGCAUAGCAACUGUGGUCAUAUAUUUGGCUUUCCUCAUUAUAAAAAUGAACAAUGACUAAUCAGAAAUAGUCUGGAUUAGAGCUUUCAGCACUGGAUGCCAGUCUCAGCUGCUCCCUUUGUAAGUGGGUGACAUCAACCACCAUGUUUAUUUUAUGGCAGAUACCUCAGGAAAUCUCUCCUUGGCAGGAUAUGCAAGAUCUUGUCUUGCCAAUAAAGCACCUUUGAAUAUCAGAAAAUUCUCACAUGGUGGUGUCUCCAAUAAGUGUUCACAAAUGUUGUUUUGAUCCCUUACAGUCCAGUCCUAAGCACGUUUCCCCAGCCCCACACCAUUCAGUGAUGCUUACUUUCCCUGAGCACGGAAGCUGCUUUAAUACUGAGUGAGAUCAUAAGUCCAUCCAGAUGGUGUGUGAGAGAGCUGAAUGCUGUCCCACAAGACCAUUUUGAGGCUCCCUAGGCCUCCUAACAUUUCCCAAAACUGUUUUUUGUAGAAGAGAAUUUGGGGGGAAACUGUCACAAAAUGUCUCCAAGAUGUGACUGAAUGGGUGGGGUUUAAUUUCUUCAUGUCAGGAGCUAGCAACUCAAGUGGGACUGUGUUCCAUUUUUCACUCCUGCAACCUUUCCAGGGUCUGCAGUUGUUCUUCAGUUCAAAAAUGUUGCAUCACUUCCAAUUGCGUUGUUGACUGUUUUUCUCUGGCUGGAGGUUUGGGGGGGAGGGUAAGUUUUGUGGGGAGGAUUCUGGGAGGUCAUGGAAGCAAACUGCACAUUUUGUAGUGGGUUUGAGGCAUUUGGAGUAAUUUUUAGUUCAGAAAAUUAUCCAACUUUGCAUUUUUCUACGUUUUCCCCCCUCUGACAGUUGGGUUCCUCAACCCUAACAGUUGCCCACCUUUAAU